GCAGUGAGCCGAGAUCGCGCCACUGCACUCCAGCCUGGGCGACAGAGCGAGACUCCGUCUCAAAAUAAAAGAAAGAAAGAAAUUUAUUUCUAUUUGUACUAAAUCUAAUAGAACAAGAGCGUUAAAGUCCAGAAGAGUCGCGGAUGGGCAAGUUUUAUAAAUAACUUGGCCUCCGCAUUGAAGAGCCUGCGAGAUGUGAGACCAGCUGAGAGCGGAAGCCUCUGGAAGGAGACCUCCUCAUCUGGAGGGUGGGGGAGGGAGUGUGCACACUUGAGCCCUUGUCCUUGAAGGGGAUUGAGCGAGCCGAGGGGAGGGGUAGGCGGUACUCGGAUUUCCAAUCACAAUGGAGAAACCUAAGAGGCUGCGGUGGUUGUGGGGCCCCGCCCCCUCCUCCCUCCUUGCAGAGCCGGCGCCCGAGGAGACGCACGCAGCUGACAUUGUCUUCUCCGCACGACUGUUAUAGAGGUCUCCAGAGCCUUCUCUCUCCUGUGCAAAAUGGCAACUCUUAAGGAAAAACUCAUUGCACCAGUUGCGGAAGAAGAGGCAACAGUUCCAAACAAUAAGAUCACUGUAGUGGGUGUUGGACAAGUUGGUAUGGCGUGUGCUAUCAGCAUUCUGGGAAAGUCUCUGGCUGAUGAACUUGCUCUUGUGGAUGUUUUGGAAGAUAAGCUUAAAGGAGAAAUGAUGGAUCUGCAGCAUGGGAGCUUAUUUCUUCAGACACCUAAAAUUGUGGCAGAUAAAGAUUAUUCUGUGACCGCCAAUUCUAAGAUUGUAGUGGUAACUGCAGGAGUCCGUCAGCAAGAAGGGGAGAGUCGGCUCAAUCUGGUGCAGAGAAAUGUUAAUGUCUUCAAAUUCAUUAUUCCUCAGAUCGUCAAGUACAGUCCUGAUUGCAUCAUAAUUGUGGUUUCCAACCCAGUGGACAUUCUUACGUAUGUUACCUGGAAACUAAGUGGAUUACCCAAACACCGCGUGAUUGGAAGUGGAUGUAAUCUGGAUUCUGCUAGAUUUCGCUACCUUAUGGCUGAAAAACUUGGCAUUCAUCCCAGCAGCUGCCACGGAUGGAUUUUGGGGGAACAUGGCGACUCAAGUGUGGCUGUGUGGAGUGGUGUGAAUGUGGCAGGUGUUUCUCUCCAGGAAUUGAAUCCAGAAAUGGGAACUGACAAUGAUAGUGAAAAUUGGAAGGAAGUGCAUAAGAUGGUGGUUGAAAGUGCCUAUGAAGUCAUCAAGCUAAAAGGAUAUACCAACUGGGCUAUUGGAUUAAGUGUGGCUGAUCUUAUUGAAUCCAUGUUGAAAAAUCUAUCCAGGAUUCAUCCUGUGUCAACAAUGGUAAAGGGGAUGUAUGGCAUUGAGAAUGAAGUCUUCCUGAGCCUUCCAUGUAUCCUCAAUGCCCGGGGAUUAACCAGCGUUAUCAACCAGAAGCUAAAGGAUGAUGAGGUUGCUCAGCUCAAGAAAAGUGCAGAUACCCUGUGGGACAUCCAGAAGGACCUAAAAGACCUGUGACUAGUGAGCUCUAGGCUGUAGAAAUUUAAAAACUACAAUGUGAUUAACUCAAGCCUUUAGUUUUCAUCCAUGUACAUGGAUCACAGUUUGCUUUGAUCUUCAAUAUGUGAAUUUGGGCUCACAGAAUCAAAGCCUAUGCUUGGUUUAAUGCUUGCAAUCUGAGCUCUUGAACAAAUAAAAUUAACUAUUGUAGUGUG